ACUCGUCUCUUAAACAUGGGUGAUAUUUCAGCUACCAAUGAUGUGGUUUUAAAUGUUGAUGCCAAUGACUCAAUCAUUGAAGAUAGUGUUCCUCUUUUGCAGAAGUUGGUAGCAGAGGUGGUGGGAACAUUCAUGUUGAUAUUUGUUGGUUGUGGUGUAGUGGUGACGAACCUUAACAAUGAUAAUGUAGUGACACUUCCUGGUGUUGCAAUUGUUUGGGGACUUGCUGUUAUGGUAUUGGCCUAUUCUCUCGGUCACGUCUCUGGUGCUCAUUUCAAUCCUGCUGUCACCAUUGCUCAGGCUUCCACCAAAAGAUUUCCUGUCCAACAGAUACCAACUUAUAUAAUUGCUCAGCUCUUUGGAUCAAUACUUGCAAGUGUUGUUCUUAAAGUUAUAUUCAGUGACAAGGAAAAUCGUUUUGUAGGAACACUUCCAGCUGGUUCUAACCUCCAAGCUUUUGUGGUCGAAUUUCUAAUCACUUUCUUACUUAUGUUCGUUAUUUCUGGAGUUGGCACUGAUAACAGAGCGGUUAAUGAAUUGGCUGCACUUGCAGUUGGAUCUACAGUGCUACUAGUUGUGUUGUUUGCUGGGCCAAUCACAGGAGCAUCAAUGAAUCCAGCAAGAAGCUUAGGGCCAGCUAUUGUGCACCAUGAAUAUAGAGGAAUAUGGAUAUAUUUGGUGUCACCUAUUCUAGGAGCUUUGGCCGGUACAUUGACAUAUACUUUCAUUAGAUACACAAAGUGAGCUUAGUAAUUAUAAAUGAAUUCAAUUUCAUUUUCUUGUUUUGA